CUCAACUCCUCCACCCCCAAUUCCCAGUCAAGCAAACAGCAGCAACAAUGACAGACAAAAAGCCCACACAAACACAAACAAACCCGCGGGGCAUCCCCUUCGCCCCCUUCGUCGACAAUGUCGCCGACUACGUCUCCUCGCGCGCCGAAGUCGAACCAACCAUGCGCUCCUUCCAAGAAAUGAUCUCCAAGUACCAAUUCAUGGAAGUCAACACGCAGCGCCGCGCCGCCGGAUUACGCGAGAAGAUCCCCGAUAUCAAGAAAACGCUAGAGAUGGUGCGCUUCCUCAAGAUCAGACGCGAUAAUGGCGGCGCCCCGCUCGAGACGAACUUUGAACUGAACGAUACCCUGUAUGCCCGGGCGACUGUGGAUACGGCUGAUACUGAGGAAGUGUACCUCUGGCUCGGGGCGAAUGUCAUGCUGGCUUAUCCGAUUGGCGAGGCGCAGACGAUGUUGGAGGAGAAACUGAGUGCGGCGCAGUUGAGUUUGUCGAAUUGUGAUGAGGAUUUGGAGUUUUUGAGGGAGCAGAUUACGACGCUAGAGGUUGCUACGGCCCGUGUGUAUAACUGGGAUGUGGUGGAGAGACGAAAAGACAAGGCUGCUGGGAAGGAGGAGGAAAAAUAAUCGAAAAUAAAAUUGACGAGAGAUAACCGGUGGCAGGUCAAGUAGCUGGCUACUAACCUCUGAUAUACGCUAUCUUUCUGGUUGAUCUAACCUACAUAUAUAUGUGUGGAUUAGCAUUUACAUGACUGGAUACACUUAUGUCUCUGGCAGCCCAGAGAAUAAAAUGGUUUACGAUAGCCGCUAGGUUUUGUCUUGGUAGUUUGAUACUUGCAUCCUUGUAGUUGCGUAUGGAAUCGUUGUCGUUAAGAGAAUCACCA